CUGCUAACAACUCGCAGGGAGGGGAGGGUGUGUUCAAAAAUAGAAAAUUACUCUUCCCAUAUUUCCUCGUCCACGGCUCAUGUGAUCAAACAUGGCGGAUCGGUAGUUUAUCAUUGAGGGCUUUGUGGAAAAAUCAGUAACUAUGCCUGUCCAAACUUACAGUGUUCCGUUAGUUUUACCCAGCCUUCGAAGAGAAGAAUCCAUAAACCAAAUAGUGGACUCACUAGAAUAUUUGGAGAAAGUGUCCAAAGAUAUUUUUACCCGAAUCAGUAACCGAGUGGCCGAAAAUAAGGAACGGCUUGCAGCGAUAAAUCACCGUGCAGAUUUGGCGCAAGCCAGGAUCGAGAAAAUCAAGGGAAUCAAGAAGGCCACAAGAGUGUUCUCGAGUGCAAAAUACCCCGCACCGAAAAAGCUCGAGCCCUAUAAAUCGCUAUAUUCCGAGGAGAACGAGGUAGCCGAAAUCAAACGGCAAACUUACAACCUAAACUCGAAGUUCACUCCUGUCGACGAACGAACGUUGAAAGAAAAAUUACAGUUCUACAAUGUCCACUUGAAUGUGAAGAAGAAGCAAGAUGAAAUGAAAGGUGAAGGGUUAGGAUCGCUGCCAAAGAAUCUCACCUCUGUGAGUUCACUGUUGCUUUUCAACACCACUGAAAAUCCUUACAAGAAAUAUGUGAUGUUGGAUCCACUGGCCGGUGCAGUGACUAAGACAAGGAGUAACAUUGAGGAGGAGGAAGAAGAUAUCGGUGCUGCACCUAUCUCCAUCACUCAGGGAGAAGCACUGGAUAGAAUGACAGCACAAAACUAUUUCUAUGUACCGAACUUAGGUGAUGUCCCUGAGAUUGAUGUGCCAGUGUACUUGCCUGAUCUUCCAGGGAUUGCUGAUGAUCUGUCUUACAAUGCAGAGCUUGGUCCAUCAAUUGCCCCAUCACUUCCUGGUUCCAACAUACCUGACUUGCCAGACGUUAUAGAGGAGGAAGUACAAAAGACAAAUGGAGCACCACCCCCUCCCCCACCGUCAUCUGCUCCAGCACCCCCUCCCCCUCCUCCACCACCACCAGGACCUGAUGUUGCACCUCCACCCCCUCCACCACCACCACCUCCCCCUCCACCAGGACCAGAAGCACCACCUCCCCCACCCCCUCCAGGAGAAGGGCCUCCAGCAGCUGUGCCAAGUGAUGUGCCAGCAGCAGUUGCUUCAGAUGGUAGAGCCUCUUUAAUGGAAUCCAUCCGCAAAGCCGGUGGCAAGGGCAAUGCUAAACUACGCAGCGUCAAAGAGAGGAAGAUGAAGAAAAAAGCAGAAAAAGAGCAGUCUGCUGUGAGUUCUGGAGGUGGAGGUGAUCUCAUGGGAGACUUAUUUGCUAAACUGUCUAUGCGUCGUAAGGGUAUUUCGGGAUCCAAGGGUGAUUCUGGAGGGUCCUCAGAGGCAGUAGCAGGUGGAGGAUCUGCAAUGGACAAGAUCUCAGCAAUGAUACCUGCUCCUCCAAGAACUGACCACACAGAUUCUAUGCAUUCAGGCGCCAGUGAUGAUUGGGACCCAUAGGGUUCUAGAAUGAUUCCUUUUAUCUGUUUGCAUUUGAGGUUAAUACUAAAAGAAAUUAAUCUUAGACUCUUAGGGAUAUCCCAAAGACACUGUUUCCCUAUAUAGAUGCAAUUAAUUUUUAUAAAAGCAACAGAGAUGUAAUAUGCAUCUGGUUCAUAAUCCAACUACAUUCAGUAUAGUAAAAGUAUGCAUGAAACAACAGUACAAUCAUUUGAUAGUAUUUGUAUGCUAAGACCAGUUUUAUCAGGUGUUCUGUAGUGUUCUUGUUCAUUCAGACCGCAUGAGAGUUCUUUUCAAAAAAGAAAAUUAUUCUGUAGUAACUCUGUACAUUUUUGCUAAUCAUUGGCAGUAUGGCUUGCUCUCAGCCACCCCAGAGUACUGCAAGACUUGCAAAACUAUGCAAUGAUUGAAAUGUCCCAUGCUACAUGACUGUUUUUAUGGACUCUCAGAUCUUGUUCGUGACGUGAUAAUUUUACGACAUUGGAAGGAAAUUGCAACCUCCGUCAAGAGGAAAAACAGAAUUGUACAAGUGGCAGGGGAGGGGCAGGCAUUGUACCUUGUUGUGCAAAUUGUUUCUACAGGAGAGGAAGGUUACAAAGGAGGAAGAAAGUAUAAUUUGAUGAAACAGUGUAUUAUCUGGUGAGAGAGUGGUGAUAAGAAAUAAAUUAUGUUAAAUGCUUCCAGUGAAUCAGUGAAUUUCUUAUACAAAGGAUCAUGUCAGUACUAAGCUUUCAAUGGAGUUCACUUGUAAGAAUUCAAACUGGCUGGUAAAUUGAUCAAAAACCAAUCUUAGUUAUUAUAAUGAUCAUGUUUAUGAUGGACUUCACAGAGUUGGUAAAAAAUUGACUGACAAUUAACUGAACUUAUGAACAACUACAUGUACAGUACUUUACGUAAAAUAUUAUAGUGACAAUGUUAUUUUAUAAUUUUAUAAUUAAUAUUGCUGAGAACAAAUGGCAUGCACAAAGAUUGAAUUUGAAUAGUUUGGUCAAAAUUCCAUUUAGUGUUUUAACACCCCUGCAAUUUAAGCACACAGUUUAAUAUGAUUUGUUGGGGCUGGUGUGAAAAGCUUUACAUCAAGCAUAAAACAUAGCUUACAGAUAUUUUUACAGACUUGAGAUAAAUCAAACAAUAGCCAUCUUUAGUUAUAUUUCAAACAUAUGUGUAUGUAAAUUACUGUAAAAGACAAGCCUAGUAUGUCUAUCAACACUUGGCUUCACAAUGGUGCUUGUAAGUAUAACCUAAGUGCACUUGGAACCUACUUUUAGUGUGAAGGGGUAAAAUGUACUUGGACUUUACUUAGUGACCAUGGAAACAUUUGUAGUUCAAAGAAGCUGAAGUGCACCACCGAGUAUGGUCUAUACCACUCUUGAGAACACAUGUGACCAAUAGGAAAUGGAAGCCAACUGAAAGCGAUGUACAGCGUUGCUGCAAUUCUGAUAAACUGACCGAUAAGCAACUUGCUUGAAUUUCAUUUUCAGGGGCUAAACCAUCGCUUUUCACAUCAUACCACCCCCAAUGGUCUUCUGUAAAUUACAAACCAGCUGGUGUUUCAAGUUUACACCAGGUCACAUCUUUGCAUGUGAACAACUCUGUUGAACAUUGAAUGGGUCACACGGAAAUGCAUUUUCUAGGUUAGCUAAAGCCCUUCAGCUAUUUCUUUGCUGAAAACCAUGUUGUUGAGCCAUGCUAGAGAAAUUCAGAUGUUGUCUGUUCCUUUGUGUUGCUGCUAUUGCUGUGAUGCACUUUAGCAACAAAGCAACUAUAUCAUUUCUUCACGAUUUUACUGCCAAACAAUCGCAUUUGUGAUAUGUAUGACUUACUGUGAAAGUGCUUCAAGUAAUAUACUUUGUCAUCGGGUGUGAAGCCAAGUUUUCUAAAGUGCAACUUGAGAUUUUCAAGUGCACUUGAGUCAAGUGCUUACUUGAAACUAACUUAGCUUCUAGUGUGAAGCCAAGUAAUAAACACCACUAAUAUUAAAAAAUUUACUAAUGAACCACCAGACAGAGUCUUCAGAGACAGAGUUUUCAGGAAAUUAACUUUAGAAAUAGUCAGUGAAAUCCUGAUCUCUUGAACCCUCAAUUUUCAAUAACUCAAAUCAAACGUUGUUUCCCUCCCUCAGUCAAACACUGUAAUUUUACCUCCAAUUUCUCAAACUACCUGGGCAAUUUUUUCAAACCAAUUUUUGUUUCCCUUGGUGGUUUGAAAACUUGGGAUUCUGCUGAAGGUAUUGAGUUAUGUUGAUGUCAAUUGAAAAUUAGUUUGACAUCUGAGCAAUAUCCGUUGGGUGCAUAGGAAGGCAUGGACCUUUUUCUUUAUGCAGAUCAUAAAUGAAAGCUGAAGUUUAUUUCAUUUAGUAACUUUCUGUUAAGUUUUUUCAGUGAAGACAUAAAUUACUAAUAGUCUACAUAGUUCUGUCUGGCAAAUCUGACCUAGUCUAUUAAAAUUAAUCCAUGACAGUC